AUGAAGAUAACAGGGGUGUUCGUGAAGGCAGCUCUAGCCCUUUGCUGCUACUUAGGUGCUGCCUUUGGAGUUAAGGUUGACUGCAGCCUCUACUCCAGCAGCACCACCAAGGAUGGGGUGGUCAGGGUAGCUUGCCCAAGGAACUUGGAGCCAGUCUGUGGCACCGAUGGCAAAACGUACAGUAAUGAGUGCGGCAUCUGCUUCCACAACGCGGAGCACAGGACCAGUGUGGAGAAGGCAUACAAUGGAGAGUGUGAGCCGAGAUCUGUUACGAUCGAUUGCAGUAGGUACCGAAGUACUGAAAUUGAUGGCCAUGUCCUGGUACCAUGCCCAAGGAUACUGAAACCAGUCUGUGGCUCAAAUGACUUCACCUAUGACAACGAAUGUGGGAUCUGUGCCUACAAUGCAGAACAUCACACCAAUGUGAGCAAAAAGUAUGACGGAGAAUGCAAGCCUGUCACUAUUAACUGCAGUGAGUACCCAACAGAAACCACUAAGGAUGGCAAAGUAUUAGUAUCCUGUCCAAGGAACCUGAGUCCAGUUUGCGGCACAGAUGGCGUUACAUAUGAUAAUGAAUGUUUGAUCUGUGCCCACAAUGGAGAACACAGGACCCAUGUUGGCAAAAAGCAUAAUGGACAAUGCAAAAAGGAGACUUCCGAGAUCGAUUGCAGUCGCUACCCAGCAAAAAUGAUUAAAGGUCACAAAGCCCUGAUACGCUGCCCAAGGAUCCUGCUCCCAGUCUGCGGCACAGACGGAUUUACUUAUGACAACGAAUGUGGCAUCUGUGCCCAUAACCUAGAACAUGGGACUCAUGUUAAGAAAAGCCAUGAGGGAAGAUGCAAGGAGGAAAGCACUCCUGUUGACUGCAGCACGUACCUGAACAAUCGCGAAAACGGCGAAGUCAUCACAGCCUGCCCCUUCAUCUUGCGCGAGAUCUGUGGGACAGACGGUGUCACCUACAGCAAUGACUGUGCGCUGUGUGCCCAUAACAUCGUAUUUGGGACCGAUGUUGCCAAGAAGCAUGAUGGAAGGUGCAUAGAGGAAGUUCCCCAACUCAACUGCAGCAAGUACCCAUCUUCCACGCUGAAGGACGGCAGACAGCUGAUGGCCUGCACGAUGAUCUACAGCCCUGUCUGUGGUACCGAUGGUGUUACCUACGCCAGUGAGUGUACGCUGUGUGCCCACAACCUGGAGCAUCGGACCCAUGUUGGCAAGAGAAUGAACGGACGCUGUGAGGAGGAUAUCACAAAAGAGCAUUGCAAGAACUUCCACGAAGUCUCUCCUAUCUGCACCAUGGAGUACAUGCCCCACUGUGGUUCUGAUGGCACAACAUACGGCAACACAUGUUUUUUCUGCAAUGCCUACCUGAGAAGCAAUAGGACUCUCAACCUCAUGAGCAUGGCUGAAUGCUAA